AACACUGUGUGCGGCGCCCUAGCACGCCAUGGUAUAAGGACUGCGGCCUCAUUUAACCCUUGUUUGUGCUCCGAGCGGGUUGCUCACUGAGUUGAAGCUUCUCACGGAGCACCAAGCUCUAGUGCUCCUCGUGUCUGUGUGUGUUAGUGCGGCCCAGACUGCCAUAGUGAGAUUGUGUAGGAUUGUACUGUUUUAAUCAGGUCUUUCAACUAAUGAGAAGUAUUCUGUUGAUGAAUCCUAAAUGAAGCUUACUGCGACCUGUUAGCAAGGAGAGACUGCCGACGUAUCUGGUUGGUGAUUACGUUUACAGAAGGCUCCUGCGUGCAUUAACAAAAGGACCGAGAUCUGGCUCUGGACAUCAGUGUGAGCCAUGGAGUCCACGCCAGAUGGGGCCACCCGUCCGCCUCAACAAAAUGGGGAGGUGGGGAAGAUGGAGGGGAAAGAAAACCCAAGCUUCGUGGCCCAUGCCAAUGACGCGGGCGAGAGUGGCGGUGCGGCGAGGAGGAGUUCUGCUGUGAACAUCAAUCAUGAAUUUUCUGAUGAUGAGGAGGAAGAGAAGCACGAGAACUUCUUAACGAUGCUGCCUUUUGCUAACAACUACAAGCAACAGAUGACAGAAUUUAAAAAAUGGAAGGCCUGUGUCAUCUCCGUAACAGUGGCUGCAGCCUAUGUAGCCUACGUCAUUGCAAUUCUCAUCAUCCAGACCAAAGCAGAGGAAAGUAACUACUGGUGUGACGCAGAUGGCCUUGUCAUAAUCAUCACCGGAACAUUGUUCCUGGGAUUGUUUUACUUUUUGAUCGUCAAGCGUUUUUGGGGGAAGACGCUGUAUCACAAUGUAAUCAAGCCGUUGAACAUCCUCACAGACAGAAUCCUCGCAUACAAGUGGGUUCCGUGGGUGUUCUUCCUGGUCCUGGUUGUCGGUGCCCUCGUGUUCAUCGUGGUGGACUCCAGACACAAUGUUCAGCGUCUCCAGUCCCUCCUUGGUGUGGUGGUGCUGCUGCUGUUUGGCUUCGUCUUCUCAGUGGCUCCCAAAAAGGUGAGGUGGCGCCACGUGGCGUGGGGCAUGGCUCUGCAGUUCAUCUUGGGCCUGAUAAUCCUGCGGUGGUCUUUUGGCCGCUCAGUGUUUGAGUGUCUGGCAGGCAAAGUGGCCACCUUCCUCGCCUUCACAGAUGAUGGAGCAGGUUUUGUCUUCGGAGACUUAGCCACUGUUGACAGGAUUUUCGCAUUCUCGGUCCUGCCAGUGAUCUUGUUCUUCAGCUUCUGUGUCCAGAUUCUGUACUACUAUGGUGUGAUGCAGUGGGUGGUAAUGAAAAUAGGGUGGUUCCUGCAGGUCACCAUUGGCACCACAGCCUGCGAGAGUGUUAAUGCUGCUGCCAAUAUUUUCCUGGGACAGACAGAGGCACCGCUGCUCAUCAAGCCAUUCAUUCCCCUUAUGACCAAGUCAGAGCUCCACGCAGUGCUCACCGGGGGUUUUGCAACAGUGGCUGGCUCUGUCAUGGCUGCUUACAUUUCAUUUGGGGUAAACCCUGCCCAUCUCCUGUCUGCUUCAGUGAUGAGUGCCCCUGCUGCACUUGCCUUCUCCAAACUCUUCUAUCCAGAGACUAGGAAGUCUAAGACAAAUGUCAAUAACAUCCAAAUAGUGAAAGGGGAGGAGGCCAAUCUGCUUCAUGCUGCCAUGGUGGGGGUGACUAACGCCAUCCCUCUUGUUGCUAAUAUUGCUGCCAACCUUGUGGCUUUCUACUCCUUCAUUGCAUUUGCCAGCUAUGUCUUUGACUGGACCUGUACCUUGGCUGGUGCUGAAGAAGGCACCUGCUCCAUAGAGAGUUUGUUUGGGUGGAUCUUCAUGCCACUAGCCUGGGUGAUGGGAGUGGACUGGGACGAGUGUGACGAGGUGGGGCAGCUCAUUGGACUCAAGACAAUACUGAACGAGUUUGUGGCAUAUGAGAAGCUUUCAGAAAUGUUGAAAGCUGGACAGCUCUCUGUUAGAGCAGAGGUCAUUGCAACAUAUGCACUGUGUGGAUUCAGCAACAUCAGCUCCAUUGGCAUCAACCUGGGAGGGUUUGGUGCCAUGGCUCCCAAUCGCAAGGCGGACCUGGCCAAGGUGGUGCUGAGGGCCAUGAUUGCUGGCAGCUGUGCUUGUUUCCUCACAGCAUGUAUAGCAGGGACCUUGCUAGAUGAUGUGGGCAGUGUGAGCAGGUAGCUUCAUCACCUUCACCCUCAGUCACCUGCUGCAAGAGGUGGUUAUGAUCAAAGUAUAAUACAUGACCACAACACAAACCACUGGUUGUAAUAUUUACUACACACACACACAUUUAUGUACCUUGGAUGUAGUUUCAUGUAUAGUUGCUGUAGUGUUUUAUGCACAGUGGGUGUAGUGUUAUAAUUCUACGAUAGACAUUUUACCUGCAACAUCAACAUGAUCUUUUAGACAUUUUUACUGCCUUUAACAUAUAACAAUGUUAUUUAAAAGUAUCUUAUAGUUGAAUAUUACAUUUAACAGUUUUUACUUAAAAAGUACUUUAAUCUUAUAGUUGAAUAUCAUAACUAUAUUUUAAAGAGUUUUUACUUCGUUGAAUAUCAUAACUAUAUUUCAGAGUUUUUACUAUCUUUUAACUAAAUUCAUUUUAUAUGUACAUGGUAAUUGCUCAAUCAGUUUUUACAAUUUAAAAUGUUAAGAGAACGGUUUUAUGAUUUUCAAUGACUGAUUUUGCUUCAUUAUAUCCAUACUAGUGAAAGAAGAGAUUUAAAACAUUGCAUAUGUAACAAAAAAGAGAGAUUGAAAAAUACUGCUUAUGUAAUAACUUAAAUUAUAAAGUUAUUCAUUAAAAGAUGAAAACACAA